CCGAAAUGUUGACACAAAUAUAUAUAUAUUUAUAUUUCGUCUGUUUGAACAGAAACCAAAACCUGUUUUGGAUUAGUUUUACAUCUUGAACUGAUGCGUUGCAUCUUUGCUUCUAUUUCCUGACGAUGUUGCCAUAUUAGUUGUAUUUAUUGAUUUACUUGUUUAUUUAUCAUCUAAACACAAUUAUAGUUUAAGGCUCCGUGUUUAGCUUAACUGUAACCGUAAGCCGAUUAGAGCAUUUAUAUCGAGCAUCUGGAGGAUCUGUGCCAACCCAAGCGUGAUUAAACAAUGGCGCGGGGUGUACGAGCCAAUCAGGCACAAUCUGGCAACCCAUCCUACCCCGCUCGCAUAUCAUCGGUGUGGACUGCGGUCAGUCCGACACUCAAACGGACCACUCCAGGUGUGUUUCCUUUCAUCAUCCGGAUUUCUGCUCCCUUCCUCUGUCUCUGAUUCUCAUUAAUGCCUCAGGUCUCUCCGAGGUACUUAGCGCACCAUACAGGAGAAAUAUAGGCAGUUUCUCAUUAACCCGCACUAGCCUGGCGAAACCGAUGUGACACUGCUUGAACGCGAAUGCUGACGGAGAUGGAGUGAGUGUGCAGUGAUAUGGACUUGUGAAGGCUGGCAGAGGAUCAGAGCUGCUCUGAUUUCUGAGCAAAUCUUUCCUGCAAUAACGGACAGCAAAGUAACAGAUGAUGUCUCAGAAGAAGAUUUUCCUGCUCCUGGUGGCAGUUAGUACUGUCAGUUUGCUGUUGCAUCAUGGGGGUCACCUCGACUGGACCAUGGAAGUAUUCCGACUGAGCUGUCCAUCCAUGCGUUCUUCUCAAACUGGCACCAGAGUCAAACACACAAAUGUGGUCUUCCUCAAGACGCACAAGACAGCCAGCACUACUGUGCAGAACAUAUUAUUCCGCUUUGCAGAGCGUAACAACCUCACGGUGGCGCUGCCAGUCACCUCGUGUGAUCACCAGUUCUGCUACCCACGCACCUUCAGCAGCCAUUUUGUCCUGCCAUACACCAUGCCCCCGAACAUUGUGACCAAUCACAUGCGCUUCAGCUACUCUGAGCUUCAGCGCAUUAUGCCCAAUAAUACCAUCUACAUCACCAUCUUACGUGAACCCGGUACCAUGUUUGAGUCUCAGUUCACCUACUUUAAUCAGCACUGCGAAGCUUUUAAACGAGUCCCCAAUGGGUCUCUGGCUGCUUUUCUGGAGAAGCCCCAGGCUUACUAUCGUCCAAAGGAGGAAGAGUCAAUGUAUGCGAGGAAUACGCUGACCUUUGACCUGGGUGGCGAUAAGGACCGACCAUCCACAGAUGUGAGUUACGCAAAGCGAUUUGCUGCAGAAGUGGAACGUGUCUUCUCACUGGUCAUGAUUGCAGAAUAUUUUGAUGAAUCACUAGUCCUGCUGCGGCAUCUGUUGUCAUGGGACCUCGAGGAUGUGCUCUACUUCAAGCAAAACAUGCGCAUGGCUUCCUCUAAAGGCAACCUUUCUGAAGCUCAACUGCAGAAAAUCCGGGAAUGGAAUUCCAUCGAUGCUGCGCUGUAUGACCACUUUAACGCCUCACUUUGGAGACGGCUGAAUGAACUGGGGCCAGCUUGUGUUGCUAGGGAAGUAAAGCUGCUGCGUCGUGCCCAAGAACAGAUGAUACGUGGCUGUUUUGGCGGCAGUUUGCCUCGGAUACGCUCAGCUUCGGAGAUCACCAACAAACAGCUGCGGCCAUGGCAGCCCAGCAGCAAAGUGGCUAUUGUUGGGUACGACUUACCUGUCAAUGUAUCAAAGGAGUCUGGCAUGUCAAAGGACGUGUGCCUGAAAAUGAUCAUGCCUGAAGUGCAAUAUACAAGACAACUGCUGCAGUUGCAGAUGCUGCGAUACAGAAGCAGGUACUUUGUAAAUAAAAUGCCGCGCAAUGGGCUGAAACCCUUUGGCCAGUUCGUAUGGAAACACCCCUAUCUUUCCACUUCACGAAAUUCAGUGACACUGGGGAGGCGCCCCAGAGCAGCUGCACGGUUCUUCCACCAGGCACGUCAACGUCAGUCCCACAAUUAGCCACAUUGUUUUCUUCUUUCAUCUUGUGACCCAGACCCAGGGAAAGACCUAUGAAGAACCGUGAAAGUCCAAGAUUAUACCAGCCAUUUAAAACUCGUACAUUAUUUGAUCAUUUUAUCAAAGCAGGUCGAAUGGAAGGAGAAAAGUGUUCUGACCUGCAAUCACUGACUGUACUUUUUACAAAGGUUUAUCAGGGCUGUGCUUUAGUCCAACAACAGAAAAUGUCUGUAAACUCAUUAGUUUGAAUAGAGACAAGUUCUUGACCAAUGACAAUGCAACCCUCUUAUAGGGUGAAAAACACUGAGAUAUUUAACCUAAUUAGAUUUUUCUGUGGAUGCUACUUGGGUUACACUACCCUGCAUUUGCCCUGCCAUUGUUAAAGGAGCUUGCUGAAUGGCUCACAGCAUUGAAUGGCAGAAAGAAUUAAUGAGGGACAGAAAAAAAAAAAAGCUAAGGCAGAUGAGAAAAUGGGCUGUCAUGCUACCGUCCAAGACUCGCUAGUUUCGGGAAGCUAUUUGCAGUAACACGGUGACCUUGAAACUUUCCUCAUGACAGGUAGUACGGUGUAGUAGGCACUGUGCUUGCACACUGUUGUACAAUUACAUAUAAGGCUUAACUUCUUAUCUUCUGACAGUCUGACCAUGAAAGCUGUCCUCACAGCAAAUGUACGGGAUGUAAUUUAUCAUUUAUAUUUAAUACUUGAGCUGUUUGAAUCGCUUGAACAUUUUUGUCAUAAUGCUGGUACAUGAUUAGAGCGUAUUCAGGUUUGUUUGUUUUUUAACAACCGGUUUAUUAGUCUGAGUGUCUCAUCUGUGCACUACUGAGGUGUGUGUGUGUGUGUGUGUGUGUGUGUGUGUGUGUGUGUGUGUGUGUGUGUGUUUGUGUGUGUAUAUAAUGUAUAUAAUAUAUUAUUAUUAUUAUUAUAAUUAUUAUUAUUAUGAUUAUUAUUAUUAUUAUUAUUAUUAUUAUUAUUAUUACAUACUGAGCAGUAUCUGAGUCACAAGUUGUGCUACAUCAAUUGUUUAUACAUUCAGUUGAUUUAACCCUACCUCUAAUAGCUGAUAAUCACCAUAUAUAACAACAUACUGUGCAUAUGAUGUGCCUCACACGAUAAAUGAGCUGUAUAACUAGUAUGACUAGUAUAAUAAGUCAAUUUAAACUUUUCCUUUGAAGCCAGUGUCUGUGACAUAGGUGUGUGUGUGUGUGUGUGUGUGUGUGUGUGUAUGCCUAUGAUCGAUUAAAUUAAGAGCCAGUCUGCAAUGUGAGCUUUUGAAAGUGGCCUGCUUUUUUCAUAUUGGAUUCUAGUAUAGAAGAAAUGUUUCUCAGUUUCAUCUGGUCAUUCUAGUACACAUGAACAACACACACACACACACACACACACACACAAAGACACCUUUCAUCUUCCCUUUCAGUUAGGUUAAUAGCAAAUUAAUGAAGAUUUAUCUGAGAAUACUGUCUCACUGGGUGAUUCAGACUAGGCAAAACUGAGAAGAACCUGAUGUUUACACGCAUCAGCCGGUUCACACCUCAUCUUCACACUCAGAACUGUGUCUCACUGAUGUGAGCAUUGGAGAAUGACAGAGAAGAUAAAGCAGGGCUCAGAUACAACUUGAAUCAUAACAGAGGGAUCUUCAAGCUCUGAGAUUCCUUACCAUGUUAAUAAGUGCUCUUGUGUUAUGAAUUAUAUUUAUGUCAGUUUUUUUGAGUAACAGAGCGUUUUAAACAGAUAUGUGUCAUCAGCUGUAGGAUGUGACCUGCUUCCAUUAUUCCUAGAGUACAAUGACACCAUGACUCAGAACAACUCACAGAAGACAAUGAAAUUGUACUGUAUGUAUGUAAGGUGUUGGGAUUUUGUCGUUCCGCUUGAGUUUUUUAAAAAUGGUUCUCAGAUCUUUAAAGGGUACUACUACUUUACUACUUUGUGCUACUGUGCACCUUAUCAGAUGGGCAUGAAAGCAAAACGCGACUGUGUCGUGAGUAAGAUUUUGUAAAAGGACACUGGAUUUGUUUGUUUUUAUUUUCAAAUGGCAUGUUUCUUUGGAACUGGAGCUUUAAAUAAGAUUUUUCUGACAAUCAGAUUUAGAGAUUAUGUAGUAAGUUAUGUAAAGAGAAUAAAACCAAUAAAAUUU